GAAGCAGCGUGAGAAUGGCGCAGCGUCGUAUAGACUCCUUUUUCACUAAAGUUCCAUCCAAGAAGGAUUUGAACCAGGACAACUCGGAGAGGUAUGUUACGCCGUUAAUAGUCUCUCUAUCUCUAUAUUAAUCGAUUAUGCUAAAAAUCUUCACCACAUGCUCGCGCUUGAGCUCGUUGGCUCUACCGGCGCGACGGCUAGAGCUCGCGGUCGCAGCUCGCAGCCAAUUCGUUUUUAAUCGGAUACAUGCAACCAACAGCCGCAACUCGGACGAGCAGAAGAAUCAGGAUGCAACGGAGAACGGCAAACGGAAGAGGGACAACUCUAGCAGUCGUUGGUCUUGCAGUUCUCCACCUUCGAAGAAGCAGAACACCAAACUUACGAAGCCAAAACUGAUUGCCAAGACUCCCUCGCCAAGUGUGAAACCUCGUGCGAAACUAGGAGCUACACCGAAGAAUAAGUUGAAUAAACUCUCACCUGGGUCGUCGAAGAAGACAGAGAAGAAACAAUUGAAAGAUACACCUGAUAGGAAGAAGAAGAAGAAGGAAACGGACGAAACUCUAAAUGGCGCCAUAGAAGAGGAGACCAAUAAUACUCAAAUAGAAAAUGGUACGGCUAAGGGUAAAAAGAAAAAGGAAGAAGCUGCUUCUUCGAAGAAGAAAUCUGAGUCUAAUAAGGUGAAGGAAACUGUGAAGAAGAAGCGUGCCAGGAUCAUUGAGCCAGUAGAUUCCAGUGACGACGAGAAUCACCUACCUUUGCCUGAAAGUCCGAAAAGAUCGGAGGUUAAGGACGAGGAAAAGAUAACAGAGAGCGUAAACGAGUCCAGCGAAAUAAAUGAAACCGCUUCAAAUAAAGACGUGAUUGAAAGUGCGUCGGACAACGAAGAGAAAAGUCCGAAGGAGUCUACACCUGAAAAGAAAUCACAGUCUACCGUUAAGAAUGAAAGCCCGGAGAAGAAGCCUACGCCUGAGAAGAAAGCUAAAAAAGUGUCCAGCUUUUUUAUGCCUACAAAACAAAAGGGCGACGCGAAGGAUGACAAAGUGAGCAAUGGAAAAAGCGCCAGCCGGUCCUACAAUCCCAUCGCGUCUGUCUAUCAUCCGAUAGACGAUGCAUGCUGGAAACGAGGGGACAAAACUCCAUAUAGCGCUUUUGCGCGCACCUUGGAGAUCAUCGAGGAGACAAGCGCAAGAUUAAAGAUAAUCGAGGUAUUGUCAAAUUACUUCCGAUCCGUCAUAGUCCUGAGUCCCGCGGAUCUUCUGCCGAGCGUUUAUCUGUGCCUUAAUCAAUUAGCGCCGGCGUACGAAGGAAUUGAGCUUGGAGUCGCGGACACGAAUCUAAUGAAGGCGAUAGCGCAGUGUACCGGUAGAACACUGGCGCAAAUUAAAGAUGAUGUCCAGAAGGUCGGCGAUUUGGGCAUCGUGGCGGAAAGUAGCAGAUCCAAUCAAAGAACUAUGUUUCAACCGGCACCGUUGACGGUUCCCAACGUGUACGCCAAACUAAAGGAGAUCGGCCAGAUGACAGGGCAGGCGUCUCUGACGAAAAAGUUAGAUAAGAUUCAAACGCUGUUCGUGGCGUGCCGUAAUACAGAAGCGAGAUACCUCAUUAGAUCAUUGGCUGGGAAGCUUCGUAUUGGAUUAGCGGAACAAUCUGUUUUACAAGCAUUGGCUUUAGCUUGCGCGAUGACACCGCCGGAACAAAAUUAUCCACCUGAAAUUCUGAAUGCAAGCAAAAAGAUGUCGAGUGAUCGGUUUAAAGAAAAGUAUGAAGAGAUAGCGCUUAUAUUGAAAACAACGUAUUGUGAAUGUCCGAAUUACAAUCUUAUAAUUCCCGUUCUACUGGAAGACGGAAUUAAUGCCUUGCCAAGCAAGUGCAAGCUCACUCCUGGAAUACCUUUGAAACCCAUGUUGGCACAUCCUACUAAGGGUGUUCAAGAAGUCCUGACACGUUUCGAAGGCUUGAAAUUUACUUGCGAAUGGAAGUACGAUGGGGAAAGAGCACAGAUACACGUCGCGGACGACGGUCAGAUUAAUAUAUACAGUAGAAAUCAGGAGAACAAUACUAGCAAGUAUCCAGAUAUCAUUAAGCGAUUCAAGAAUACACGUGGCGAGCUGGUGAAGAAUUGCAUACUGGAUUGCGAGGCAGUUGCUUGGGAUAGAGAGAAGAAGCAAAUCUUACCGUUCCAAAUACUCAGCACAAGAAAGCGAAAGGAUGCUAAUGAGGAAGAUAUCAAAGUACAAGUGUGCGUGUUCAUGUUCGAUUUGUUAUAUUUAAAUGAUGAGCCGUUGGUGAAGAAAACAUUCGUGAAACGUCGUGAAUUGCUGAAGCAGCACUUCAAGGAAGCGGAGGGUGAAUGGAAAUUCGCCACUAGUAUGGAUACCACGACGAUGGAAGAGGUGGAAGUCUUCUUGGAUGAAUCUGUGAAGGGAAAUUGCGAGGGCCUGAUGGUGAAGACGUUGGAGAAGGAGGCGACCUACGAGAUCGCGAAGCGAUCGAGAAACUGGCUGAAACUGAAGAAGGAUUAUCUGGACGGCGUCGGCGAUACACUCGACGUGAUCGUGAUCGGUGGUUACAUCGGCAAAGGGAAGAGGACCGGCACUUACGGUGGUUUCCUCUUGGCUUGUUACGAUCAGGAAAACGAGGAGUACCAAAGCAUCUGUAAGAUUGGUACAGGAUUCAAGGAGGAGGACCUCGAGAAUCACACCAAAUUCUUCAAAGAUCAAGUAAUACCGCAGGCGAAAACGUAUUACCGCUUUGAUAGCAGCCACGAGCCGGAUCAUUGGUUCGAGCCCAUUCAAGUCUGGGAGAUCAAAUGUGCCGAUCUCUCCCUAUCGCCCGUGCACAGAGCUGCUAUCGGAAUAAUCCUGGGCUGUGCGAUGUUCGGACUGUCCAUCUGGAUGCGGUUCGAGCCGAUGCUCGAAGAAUGGGUGGAGUUCAUGAACAUGUACGAGUUCUACAUUGGGGUUUACGUGCUGAUCGCUACCUCGGUGCUCGUCAUGGCCAUCGCCUUCAUCGGCUGUGCUGCCGCGCUUAUGGAACACAUCAUGACCUUAUACGCCCACGUGGGUCUUCAAGCGCUCAGUUUCAUCUGCUGUCUAGCCGGAGCGGCGGUCAUUCUUGAUUAUUCGACGUACGACAGUAAGAUUCAGCCCAUCAUCGAACGGUCUAUGUACAGUCUCAUCGUCAACUCCCAUCACGACGCGGCGAGCUCCAUUCUACGAAUAAUCCAGGAAACUGUCGGAUGCUGCGGAGCCGAUGGACCGAGGGAUUACACACAAUUGCGUAAACCACUGCCCACCGAGUGCCGGGACACCGUAACCGGAAACGCCUUCCAUCACGGCUGUGUGGAGGAACUAUCCUGGUUUCUGGAGGCGAGAUCGGGAUGGCUCGCCGGUAUGGCGAUGGCGUUGUGCAUGCUUCACGUGAUCAUAGCGGUGCUGUCGCUGACGCUUGUACGAGCUAUCAAGAAAGAAGAGGAAUCCAUAACUUUCAAGCGUUAGACAUCAAUUCGUCGUCUAACGAUACACAGUGACAUAAUAUAAGUACCGUAAUUAUAAUUCUUUUUAUAAAAACGAAAACAAUUACAAAGUCUGCUAAAUUGCAAA